AUGUCACCACCGUCGAACAAUCCGUUCUUGGAUGACGUGAGCGGAGGUAGCAGGGAUGGCAGCAAGCCCGGAUCGUAUCCGGUGAAGGGAAGUCGGCCGACGAGGAGUUAUCCUACUGCGAGGGAAGAGAAGGAGCGUUUGCGUGACAGAUACAAGGAGGAACGCAACGUGAGCGGGAGUGGAGGAGACUUGCCACCCUCGUAUGACGAGGUAGCGGGCUCAAAAAAGUCAGAAAGUGGAUAUCCGAGGGAGAAGGAGGGCUCUAGCGGCCACCGGUCGCAUCGCCAUCGCCAUCACCGCUCUCGCGGUGACGGCGACCGGGAGCGUAGUGGCCAUGGCCACCGUGGCUCGUCUCACAAGGAUAAGAAGAAGGGCAAGCCGGCAGUGGUUCCGAAGAACGUCGAUACAAUCGAUAAGAUGGACGUCACGGGUCUGUUUGGCGGAUCUUUCCAUCAUGACGGUCCGUUCGAUGCUUGCACGCCUCAUAGAAACAAGAACUCCAAGGCUGCACCCGUCUUGGCAUUCCCGGCAGAUGGUCCUAACAACAGCAUUGGCGGAGCGUCUGCGAAGAAAUCUGCGCUGAAUGAGGUGUUUGGCAGAGAGGAGGUCGAUGACGACGAUGAACUUUACAAGACCAGAGGCGCAAAUCGCACGGUACGCGCGAUGGUAGAUUCAAACGGUAGCACGAGCACCCUGGAUGCGAUUAAGCCAAACGCUAAGACUGUGACGCAGUUUGACGUUAAGGGGAAAUCGCAGUUGGUUCACGGCCCUACCACGGCAGGACUUGGGUCCACUACGUUCCUCGAUGGUGCGCCUGCUUCUAAUGCAGCCAUUCGUGAGGAUAUCAGGAACCACAGCCACCAAACGCGCACCAGCGGCGUACAGAGGAAGAAGUCGCUUACUCAGAGGCUGCAGGUGGGCGGAACCACGAAUAGCGGUGUAAGGAGGAGCGGGAGCACCAUCAGGAGCACAACAGAGCCACUGGUGCUGGCAAAGACACAUAGUGGACAUCUUGAAAACGGUGAAGAGGCCGGUGAAGACGAGUACGUCGGCGUACGUUUCGAUGACAGCUUAAGGAAGGAAUCUACUGGGAACAAAUUACUAAGAAGAGUCAAGAGCUUGAAAGUCGGUAGGAAGGCUUGA